UCCGCAUGCGUCGGCGCGCCGGGUCAAGGGUCAGCCCACAAAAUGGCUGCGGCGGUGACCUGUCGGCUUCUUGGCCGGGGCGGCGCAGUGGUGCUGAGCCUGCCCCGGGGCGCCCGGUGUUUCGGGGUGCAGGCCUCUCUGGCCGGGGAGAAGGUCACGCACACUGGCCAGGUUUAUGAUGAUAAAGACUACAGGAAAAUUCGAUUUAUUGGUCGUCAGAAAGAGGUGAAUGAUAACUUCGCCAUUGAUUUGAUAGCAGAGCAACCCGUGAGCGAAGUUGGCAGUCGGGUGAUAGCGUGUGACGGUGGCGGGGGCGCUCUUGGCCACCCCAAAGUGUACAUAAACUUGGCAUCUGUCCCUGGAAGCACUGUUUACUGUCUGUGUCCACUGACAGGUGCACCCACAGAGCCGUGGGGAGGAGGAUGUGGACCUUAGAGGAAGAUGGCUCGGGUAGAGCCCAGACAUGCACAGCAGUCAGGAAAACGUGCCCAUGGACUUGGGGAGAGGCAGGGGGUCAGCGGGUCCCACCCUCACCCCUUCUGCCUGUGGCUUGGACUCCAGUCUCGCUGGGGGUGGGCCUCAGCCCAGCGGUGCUCCCCCUGCCCCCCGGUCCACAGAGACUGCGCUCCUUGGCUGAGCUGAGGGCUGGCAGUGGCGGCCGGCCUUUGAGAUGACCACGUGCGCCAGGGCAGGGGCCUGUGGCGGGCCAGCAUGAGCCUGGUCGGGCCCGGCCUGUGGUGCCACCCAGCUCCUGGUCUGUGGCCACCGCAGAUGCUCAGGGCGCUGCUCACUGCCAUAUGUGCUUCCAUGUCCCUCGCCUACAUGUGCUCAGAUUUGAAGGAAGGAAUGGGAACACGAGCUCUUUUCUUUUGAAAUU